AUGGCUGUUCCAGGCACUCAGAUCUCCAAGCGCAGAAAGUUCGUCGCCGAUGGCGUCUUCUACGCUGAGCUCAACGAGUUCUUCCAGCGCGAGCUGGCCGAGGAGGGCUACUCCGGCGUCGAGGUCCGCGUCACCCCCACGGUAACCGACAUCAUCAUCCGCGCCACCCACACCCAGGAGGUCCUCGGCGAGCAGGGCCGCCGCAUCCGCGAGCUCACCUCGCUCAUCCAGAAGCGCUUCAAGUUCCCCGAGAACUCCGUCUCCCUCUACGCCGCCAAGGUCCAGAACCGUGGUCUCUCCGCCGUCGCCCAGUGCGAGUCCCUCCGCUACAAGCUCCUCAACGGUCUCGCCGUCCGCCGUGCCUGCUACGGUGUCCUCCGCUUCAUCAUGGAGUCCGGCGCCAAGGGUUGCGAGGUCGUCGUCUCCGGCAAGCUCCGCGCCGCUCGCGCCAAGUCCAUGAAGUUCACCGACGGCUUCAUGAUCCACUCUGGUCAGCCCGCCAAGGACUUCAUUGACCACGCCACCCGCCACGUCCUCCUCCGUCAGGGUGUCCUCGGCAUCAAGGUCAAGAUUAUGCGCGGCUCCGACCCCGAGGGCAAGGCCGGCCCCCAGAAGACCCUCCCCGACGCCGUCUCCAUCCUCGAGCCCAAGGAGGAGCAGAGCGUCGUCCAGCCCAUGUCCCAGGACUACGGCGCCAAGGCCGCCCAGGCCCAGGCCGCCGCCGAGGCGCAACAAGCGGAGCAGCAGCCCGAGGCUGCUGAGGAGGCCGAGGCUCAGUCGUAG